AUGUCUGCAGCACAUGCGAACGGCUCUGGCUCGUCCGCAUCGCGUGCGAGCGCCUCAUCGUCGACCCUCGACAAGGGCAAAGGACCCGCGACGUCCUCAACAGCGACGGCCGCGGACGCAGAUCUGUUCGACGAUGCAGAACUGGACCGUAUCUUCAAUCAGGAGGCAUCGCAGGUCGCGCGAGAGGCAGAGGUCUUGCGAGUGCUUGGAGCGUUCAAGCUGAACCCGUACGAGAUCCUCGACCUCAACUGGAUGCCGUCUGCGGGGACGACCGACAGCGACAUUCAGAAGACUUAUCGCAAGAAGUCCUUGCUGAUCCACCCGGACAAGCUGAAGCACCCGCGCGGUAUCGAGGCUUUCGACUUGCUGAAGAAGGCGCAAACCGAGCUUUCCGACCCGGCAAAACGCAAACCGCUUGACGAGACGAUCACGGACGCUCGCAUGCUUGUUCUCCGCGAACUUGGCAUCCCGCGAGAAACGCCCGACGACGAUGAGCGAUUGCGGCCCCCCAAGCUGCCAGCUCCGGACUUGAAAGAGCGGGUGCGGAAGAAGACUAAGGACUUGCUGAUUGAGGACGAGCUGAGACGGAGGAGGGUUCAGAAGAUGACGAUGAUCGCGGAAGGAGCGGAGGCGAAGCGUGUCGAGGAUGCCGUCGCCGAGAAGAAGCGCAAGAUGGAGGAGAAGGAGCGGUGGGAGGAGACGCGCGAAGACCGCGUGCACGACUGGCGGAACUUCAACAAGAAGCGGAAAACGAAGAAGAAGGGUCCGCAGGUUCUCGGUUGA